ACAAUGCGUUUGACGUGCUGUAGUUGACACCUGAGAAAGCGCGCGUGCCACGACUCAUAUUCCUCUCUUGAUAUCUCGGAAUGUGUCUAACGGCGAACGGAGAGGCAGGCUGGGGGAAAACGGAGAGGGGGAGGGAGAAGGAUCCAAAGUAACAGCGUGAAAUUGCAUAAAACAUGCCAUUGAGCGCUCCGCGCACUUCAACAAUAUCUUCGCACGGAGUGGAUGUUCACAGCCGUUUGUGAAGGGACGAGCUCACAGUGCGUUCCAUGGACCAGUAUCGAAGUGCCUUCUUAAAAUGUUGGAUGUAUACAUGGGUGUUAUUUUAGUGUAAGGACAGAGUCUUCUAGAAACCUGCUGCUGAACGCUGAAAAAUAACUUCCAACAGACUCUGCUCAGACUUCAGAGAUUUUUUUUCCUUCUAAAAUGCACUUAUUUGGAAUUUCUGUUUUCUGUCUCGCAUUCAUUUAUGAAAACCUUGCUUUGGAGUCAAGUCACGACUACUAUGAUUAUGAUUAUGACCAAGAUCAAGGGGAUGCCAUGGAGCAUUCAGAGCCAGACUUGGUGGAGCAGUUGCGUUCAGCAGGUAGCGUGGACGAGCUUAUGAGAAUAGUUUACCCCAGCUACUGGAGCAUGCUGAAGUGUCGUUCCAAGAUGGGAUCACGCUUACCUCACAGAGAUCACGGCUCCACAGAAACAAGGUCGGAGGAGGCCUCCUUUGCGGCUGCUUUCAUCAAUCUUGACAUUUUUACAAGUAUUCAGACAGAGUGGAGAAACACCCUGUGCAUGCCACGCCAAGUUUGUUUAGAUGUGGGGAAAGAGUUUGGGGCAGCUACAAACACCUUCUAUAAACCACCCUGCGUGUCUGUCUACAGAUGUGGGGGCUGCUGUAACAGUGAGGAUCAAGUGUGCAAGAACAUGAGCACUUCAUACAUCAGCAAGACAUUGUUCGAAAUCACAGUUCCUAUGAAGUAUGGGGCCAAGCCAGUCACCAUAAGCUUCGCCAACCACACUUCCUGCAGCUGUUUGUCAAAACAGGAUUUGUACCGACAGCAGCACUCAAUAAUUCGAAGAGCCUUACCAGAAGACAUUGAUCAAGACUUCUGCGGUUCCGACAAAGAGCUGGACGAGGAGACUUGUCAGUGUGUUUGCCGAAAAGAGCUACGAACAGCAGGUUGUGGCCCGCACCGCUACCUGGACAAGAACACCUACAUUGAUCAAGACUUCUGCGGCUCCGACAAAGAGCUGGACGAGGAGACUUGUCAGUGUGUUUGCCGAAAAGAGCUACGAACAGCAGGUUGUGGCCCGCACCGCUACCUGGACAAGAACACCUGUCAGUGUGUGUGUAAAGCAAAGCCCUCUUCCUGCAGGCCUCAACAGAGCUUCAACAAAGACACCUGCCAGUGCACCUGCGCCAAGGUGUGUCCCAGUAGUCAGCCUCUCAACCGCACCAAAUGUGUGUGUGAAUGCACAGAGUCCCCUAACAAGUGCUUCCUAAAAGGAAGGCGGUUCCACCCAGCCACGUGCAGUUGUGUCAGGCCGCCAUGUAACAUGGACCCCAAGAAAAGAGGAUGUAACGAUAAUGAGUAUUUCAGUGAAGAACUGUGUCGCUGUAUACCCAAAUACUGGGGGAGACUGAACUAAACACAACUAAGCGCCGGUGGUGCUGAAUGCUAACGGACACGCUGGCAUUUAGAGCAGUGCUGUUUGGCUGCUGCUUAUCUGACUCACAUGUGCUAGUCAUGUGGACUAGCGUAGAGUAACGGGAGACAAGAAAUGUCCGCAUUUAACCGCACAUAUCAAACAUGGGGUGAGCUAUCAAGGACCGAGAGAGAUUUCUAAAGGCUGGAGCCAUGUCUUUUCAUUGUUUUAAUUGAAUUGUCUAUUCGUAUUUGUCAGAUAAUGAUUAUAUAAUUUAUUGCCAUGAAAUGUUUUGAAACACCCUGGUUCAUAGCAUUCAUUUUGAAUCUCUGCGAAGAAAAAUACACUGUGAUCAAUAUUUUUGUAUCAUGUUAAGUCCCGUAAAAUAAAGUAUAAAGUUGUAUUAUAUAUUGUUAACUUAUUUAUAAGCUGGACUAUCUUAUUGAAAUAAUACUGCACAUGAUUCAAAUGUAUUCAGUUUUGACUACCAAAUGUAUGCACCUAUCAUUCCAGAUGAAAUUCUAUCAAACUGACAGUGCAAGCCGGCAAAGACAUGUUUUUUGUGCUGGAAGCAUUGCUUGUUGACAAUCUAAGACCAUUACGCAAGUCACCCAACAAUAUAGAAGACUUUGAACACGGAAAUACAGCACAAUAACCUGGAUAUGGACUAUUUAA